CCAGCCUGACCUGGGGUGGGCGGAGCCCCGGAAUUUGCCGUCGGCCCGCCUUGCUCGCCGGCAGCCAAGGGGAAUACGGAGAAUCCAGCCAAUAGGAAGGUGCAGCUGCGGUCCUGUCGGCCAAUCGCGGGGCGUGUAGGGGGUAGGCUGGCGUGGCGCUGGCUCCAGGGGUAUGGAGCGUCUGGCGCGUGGACAGACUGUCAGGUGGUUGCGGAGACGAAUCUUAUUCUAAGAACUCAGACACUCAGGUAUCCACCAUGGUGUUGGGUCCUGAACAGAAGACACCAGAUGAAGAUGCUUCUGGAGACCACGGGGACCCUGCCAGUCUUGGGGCCAUCAACCCUGCCUACAGUAACUCCUCUCUUCCACAGUCCUCUGGGGGGCACUCAGAGGAGCCCUUCACCACCUACUUUGAUGAGAAGAUCGCCAUUCCUGAGGAGGAGUACUCUUGUUUUAGCUUUCGUAAACUCUGGGCUUUCACGGGUCCGGGAUUUCUUAUGAGCAUUGCCUACCUGGAUCCAGGAAACAUUGAAUCUGAUUUGCAGUCUGGAGCAGUGGCUGGAUUUAAGUUGCUCUGGGUUCUUCUGAUGGCCACCAUCGUGGGGCUCCUGCUCCAGCGCCUUGCAGCUAGACUGGGAGUGGUCACUGGGCUGCAUCUUGCUGAAAUGUGUCACCGUCAGUAUCCCAGGGUUCCACGAAUUAUCCUGUGGCUGAUGGUGGAGUUGGCUAUCGUUGGCUCAGAUAUGCAAGAAGUUAUUGGCUCCGCUAUUGCCAUCAACCUCCUCUCUGUAGGAAGGGUCCCGCUGUGGGGUGGAGUUCUUAUCACCAUUGCAGAUACCUUUGUAUUUCUCUUUUUGGACAAAUAUGGCUUGCGGAAGCUAGAAGCAUUUUUUGGUUUUCUCAUCACAAUUAUGGCCCUCACAUUUGGAUAUGAGUAUGUUACAGUGAAACCCAGCCAGACCCAGGUCCUCAAAGGCAUGUUCCUGCCAUCCUGUUCAGGCUGUCAUACCUCACAGAUCGAGCAGGCUGUGGGCAUCGUGGGUGCUGUUAUCAUGCCACACAACAUGUACCUGCAUUCUGCUUUAGUCAAGUCCAGACAGGUAGACCGAGCCAAUAAGGAGGAAGUUCGGGAAGCCAAUAAGUACUUUUUCAUUGAAUCCUGCAUUGCUCUUUUUGUUUCUUUUAUCAUCAACGUCUUUGUCGUCUCAGUCUUUGCUGAAGCAUUUUUUGAGAAAACCAACAAGCAGGUGGUUGAAGUCUGUAGAAAUAUCAGCAGUCCCCAUACUCAUCUUUUUCCUGACGAUAACUCAACACUGACUGUGGACAUCUACAAAGGGGGUGUUGUGCUGGGGUGUUACUUCGGGCCUGCUGCACUCUACAUCUGGGCAGUGGGGAUCCUGGCUGCAGGACAGAGCUCCACCAUGACAGGAACCUACUCUGGCCAGUUUGUCAUGGAGGGAUUCCUGAACCUAAAGUGGUCACGCUUUGCCCGAGUGAUUCUGACCCGCUCUAUUGCCAUCAUCCCCACUCUGCUUGUUGCCGUCUUCCAAGAUGUAGAGCAUCUGACAGGGAUGAAUGACUUCCUGAAUGUUCUUCAGAGCUUACAACUUCCCUUUGCUCUCAUACCCAUCCUCACAUUUACGAGCUUGCGGCCGGUAAUGAGUGAAUUUGCCAAUGGAAUAGGCUGGAGGAUCGCAGGCGGUAUCUUGGUCCUUAUCAUCUGUUCCAUCAACAUGUACUUUGUCAUGGUUUAUGUCCAGGAACUAGGGCAUGUGGCAUUGUAUGUGGUGGCUGCUGUGGUCAGCAUAGCUUACCUGAGCUUUGUGUUUUACUUGGGUUGGCAAUGUUUGAUUGCACUGGGCAUGUCCUUCCUAGACUGUGGGCACACGUACCUACGUCUGGGAUUGACAGUUCAGCCUGAACUCUACCUUCUGAACACCGUGGAUGCUGACUCACUUGUGUCUAGAUGACUGACAGCCUGAGAGACUCUAUAAGACCCACUUUCUCUUAGUCCUUUUGUGCCAAGUGUCCUGUUAACGUUAUCUCUGUUAGUUCAGUGGUGAGUUUUGUUCAAGCAUUUUGAGCAAAAGGCAAAGAUUUCCUCACGGGACGGGUGUUAAAAGCUGACAGCUUUAAGUGUAGGUCAGAGACCCGCAGAGUCCUGCAACUGCCAGAGUUAAAUUUUUAGCCUAUGAUGGUCACACACCCCUAUGGGCUUGUGUCUCGACUUAUGGAAUUUUAAAAAUAUAUAUGUGUGUAUGUUUAUGUAAACCUGAACAUAUCAGUUUGGGUAGAGUUUUAAGGUUAUAUAAAAAUGAUAGAUCUUUUGUAUUUUUUUAACAAAUGGUGCUCAGAUAAAUCAGAUAUUUAUUUUGUCUGGAUCGCAAGUGACGAAGGAAAAGGAGCACUGUUCUUUUUCAGAGUGAACUGGUCAAGCUGACUUACUUUUAAAGUGAUACUUGACUAUAGCCAGUUAAAUUUCACUUUGAUCUUAAUUGACCAAACCUUGGUAACUACUGAUACUAGCACAUCAUUUCCAAAGAAAACACUUCUUCUAUUUGGCAUAUUUAAUCCUGGUUGUCGGUGUGCUUUGUGAUUGUUAUUUUCUUUGUUGCUUUUCUUGAGUUUUUUUCAGAGAUAUGAUGGUAUUUUCCAAAGAGCUUAAUGCCUACGAACAGGAUCCAGAAAUCACACUUAAACCAAUGAUCAGUUUUCCCUGCUGCAUUGUAACUCAGCCCAUUCUAGCAUUUAAGUUGUAGGUAUAAAAAGAAUUCUAACAUUUAACUUUGUAAGUCCCAACAGAAGAUAAUGGAGGUAUUAGUUUUCUUUCUGAUGUGUGUAUAGUCCCACCAUGUCUUUUCUUCCCACUUUUCCCAUUAACACUCCAAACACCAUUUCUAGGUCCAAAGUCUAUUUCCCAGAGUGGCUAAUAUUUCUCAUGCUGACUCUCCUAGGGAAUGCUAAGCGUUUUAAGUUAUAUAUACCAAGUAUAAUAGUGUGAGAUGAGAACUAGACUGGGACUUGGAAGAUUUGUCCACAUGUCACAAGCUGCCUGCCUACAUGUGGCUUAUAGAUAUUUUUUGACCCCCUCUUCCUAACCAGGAUUUUUUUUUUCCAUAAAAUUUUUAUAAUAAAACAUUUAAUAUUUAAAACUUGAAAGUUUCUGCAUAACAAUCUGAUUGAAAAGUCAGAAGAUUUCAACACUGGGCCCAUGUUCCUUCACGGAAGUGCAGUUGGCUUGAACUGAAUGGCAGCUAUCCCUUUUUUUUUUUUUUUUUUUUUUACAUCUUUAUUGGAGUAUAAUUGCUUUACAAUGGUAGUUUCUGCUUUAUAACAAAGUGAAUCAGCUAUACAUAUACAUAUAUCCCCAUAUCUCCUCCCUCUUGCACCUCCCUCCCACCCUCCCUAUCCCACCCCUCUAGGUGGUCACAAAGCACCGAGCUGAUCUCCCUGUGCUAUGCGGCUGCUUCACACUAGCUAUCUAUUUUACAUUUGGUAGUGUUAUAUAAGUCCAUGCCCAGCUAUCCAUUUUUAAUGGAAUAUACUUCAGGGUGGCAUCCAUGCCUUCUUUCAUUUCCUUCCAGCCCCAAAGGCAUUGAGUUUGCAAACCCUGCAGCCUUUGUGUGUUUGAGCAUCACUUUUCUCUUUCAGCAUAAAAAUUAAAUAUCCAACCUCUCUGCCUUAUUUUAAAACUUAGCACCUUUCAGUAAGACUUAAAAAAAUCCAGACAUUGCCUAUGUUCAUUUAUAAUGAUUUGAUCCUCUAAGUGGCAGGGAUUUUUUCCAAGAUGAUACUUUCAAAUUCCCUCAUUUCUACUUCAUGGCGCUUGAAACUUCUGAUAAGAGCAGCAGCCUUGCAACCCAGGUUAGAGACCUUCUGAUCUCAAAAAUGAAACUGAGUUAACGCCACUUAUCAGCUUUUACUUGAAAAAGCGACUUAAAAAAUGAGUUUGUAUCCAUUCAGCCAGCCUGUGUCUUUUGGUGGGAGCAUUUAAUCCAUUUACAUUUAACGUAAUUAUCGAUAUGUAUGUUCCUAUUCCCGUUUUCUUAAAUGUUUUGCAUUUGUUAUUGUAGGUGUUUUCCUUCUCUUGUGUUUCUUGCCUAGAGAAGUUCCUUUAGCAUUUGUUGUA